GGUUCUUCCUGACUCAAGCUUGCCCCACUCCAGCCUCCUUUUCACCAACCGCCUCCUCAUUUCCUCAUCAUGAAGUUCUUCGUCGCUGCCAUCGCUCUCCUCACCAGCUCUGUCGCUGCCAUUCAGUUGCAGUACGACAACCAUUACGACGAUAGUGGCGCUUCUCUCACCACCGUAGCCUGCUCAGACGGGCCGAAUGGUCUUAUCACCCGCGGAUACUCGACCUUUGGUUCUCUCCCUGGUUUCCCUCACAUCGGUGCUGUCGAUGCUAUCACAGGAUAUGGCUCGAACAAAUGUGGUAGUUGUUGGAGGAUUACCUACCCGGCAACUGGAAAGACGAUCAACAUCAUCGGGAUUGAUCAUGCUGGCAGCGGCUUCAACGUUGCUCAGGCGGCGAUGGACGAGUUGACGAAUGGACAGGCGGUUCACUUGGGUAACAUCCAGGUGGAUGCCCAGGAAGUUUCUCCUUCGGAUUGUGGGCUUUGAUGGCUAUGACGAUCUUCAUGCCAUGCGUCAGAAUCUCCCCAUUUUUAACAAAAUAUGAACGGACACUUGCACUGCUAUCAUACACGUUAUUUGCUACCAUGGACUUUUUGGACUUUUUACUCACGACGGACUUCUUGC